AUGGCACCGCCCGAUAUUUCAGCCUCUACUGCGUCUAGUGCGACCGGCACAUCUGCUGGUUAUGGGCGAGCAUGUACAGCGUGUCAAAGGGCAAAAUGCAAGUGUAUCCUGAGAGCGUCCGGUAUGGACUGUGAAAGAUGUCAUCGUCUUGGAAAACCGUGUCAACCAAUGGCGCCUUCACGGAAACGGGUUGCCAAAAAGUCAACGUCUUCUAGGACGGCUCAGCUAGAAGAAAAGCUCGAGGAUCUUGUCACGAUCCUACGCGCAGCCCAACCAUCAAACGGACAUUUGCAGUCGUCGAGUGGUGGCAACUCUAGCCCCCUGACAAACUCCUCAAACAUGGGCCACCUCACUAGCCGCUUAGAAUCGCUGGCAACUGCAGCAGCUUCCUCUUCCUCUUCAGAAACCCAACCCCGUUCGUACGCUGCACCUCAUAGUUAUGGUUCAGGAAGCAUAGCCGAAACCCAUUCUAGAACAUCGCCAUCCAGUAUCAGUGAAGACACAUCUGCGCUUCCCGAACCUACCACAGAAGAGGCCGAAGUGUAUCUAAACAGAUUUAGAGAAUGGCUAAAGAACUUCCCUUGUAUGAUCUUACCCGAUGAUAUGACAGCCGCAGCUCUCCGCAAAGAAAAACCCUUUCUGUGGCUAUGUAUUAUGAACAUUACCUCAAAGGUUGUCGAACAGCAGAUGAAGAUGAAGGAUAGAGUCCGUCAAGAGAUGGCCUCGCGUAUUCUUAUCAACCAUGAGAGAUCAUUAGAUUGUCUCCAGGGACUUAUCUGUUACCUUACAUGGGCCUCCACAACGUCCAGUCCAGGCAAACCAUUUAUUAUCACAUUUUGCCAAAUGGCUGUCCUGCUUGCUUAUGAUCUUGGUCUCACCAAAGCUCCUGUUGAGGAGCAGUAUUUUACGAUAUGUUUCAAGAUGUGGGGAGGACGACCACCUCCUCCAAGGAUACGCACUCAGGAAGAACGGCGGGCUGUGGUGUCACUCUGGUUCGUGACUUCGGUCAUGUCGUCCUUUGUUGGCAAGAUGGAUCCUCUUCAGUGGACACCACAUAUGAAUGAUUGUCUGGAAGCCUUGGAGAGAGAUAAACUCUAUCCGUCUGAUGAGCUGCUCGCCGCAUUUGUUAGAUAUCAGCUCGUUGCAGAUGAAGCACAGAAAUUGCUUGUUCGCGAUGUCAUGGGUGAGACGUCACCAGCACCUACCCAUGUGUUCAGAAAUAGCUUGCUUGGCAAACUUCAAGCUGCCCGUAACGGGGCGCCACUUCAUAUGCCUGUAACUCCGGUUUUACAAGCCCACUCGCUUGCAGUAGAGGUUCAGAUAAACUCCCUUGGACUCUUUCUACAAAGUAUCCCAGUUAACCAACGAAUCGAGAGCAUGUACUCCUGUCUUAAAGCAAUAAGGUCGUGGUACGAUGUAUUCUUUGGAAUUCCAGUCGGCCAAUUCCCAGGAACGCCUUUCUCCAUCUUCAUCCAGCUAUCGCAAAUUCAAAUAGCUCUAUACAGGCUCACUACCUCUGAGGAUCCGGCUUGGGAUAAAGAACUUGUCCGAAACACAGCGGACUUGCUAAUACUCUUGGAUCAAGUCACUGACCAUUUCACAAGUAUGAAUUCUGCUUAUAAGAUGAAAAUCAACGAAGGCGAAGAAACGGUAUUUACUUCAGGAGCCAGGAUCAUGCGCAACAUACGGAAUUCAUGGGAGCCUACAUUAUCACAGCAUCUUGGACAUGCAUCUUCGUCGUCGUCAAAUCAGGGAGCCGGUCAGCCAAUACCGACACCACAACCAACUCAGCCAACCAUGGACAUGGCAGCUGUCAACAUGAUGGAUUUUGGCGAUGUAUCAUGGAUGUCUGACGUUUUUGGGCCAUGGGAGUUUUAA